AUGGAGUCCGCGGUGAACCCGAAGGCGUACCCGCUGGCUGAUGCGCAGUUGACGAUGGGUAUCCUCGAUAUCAUCCAGCAGGCCGCCAACUACAAGCAGCUCAAGAAGGGAGCUAACGAAGCGACCAAGACCCUGAACAGGGGGAUAUCGGAGUUCGUAGUGAUGGCGGCGGACACGGAGCCGCUCGAGAUCCUGCUCCACCUCCCCUUGCUAGCUGAGGAUAAGAACGUGCCAUAUGUAUUUGUUCCAUCGAAACAAGCUCUUGGCCGUGCUUGUGGCGUGACUAGGCCAGUCAUUGCUUGCUCAGUGACCAGCAAUGAGGGUAGCCAGCUGAAACAACAGAUACAGGGUCUCAAGGACUCUAUUGAGAAGCUUCUCAUCUGA